UCAAAGGUGGAGAGAGAAAAUAGAGCCCAGAUGGCACCGCCUCUAUAAGCACGCCUUUGAGAUGAAUGACACAUUCAGCCCAAACACAAUCCAAAAUUCAAUGUCACCUCCAUUUCUUCCUCUAUAAAUUGUCCUACCCAAUUUGUGAGUGAUGAAGAUUUACUGAAUUUGAAGACCGAAAGAAUCAUAAAAGCAGCAUAGAGGAGUACUGGUAUUUGGUUGAUGGUCUCAUGGGUGCAACGGGUUCCAAGCUCGAGAAAGCCCUCGGAGACCAGUUUCCCGAAGGUGAACGAUACUUUGGUCUCGAAAAUUUCGGCAACACUUGUUAUUGCAACAGCGUCUUGCAGGCCUUAUACUUUUGUGUCCCCUUCCGCGAGCAACUGCUAGAGUAUUAUGCAAAUAAUAAAGGUCCUCCAGAAGCUGAGGAGAAUCUCUUAACUUGUUUGGCUGAAUUGUUUUCACAGAUAAGUUCACAGAAGAAGAAAACAGGUGUUAUAGCUCCAAGGCGCUUUGUACAAAGAGUCAGGAAGCAAAAUGAACUUUUCCGAGGUUACAUGCAUCAGGAUGCCCAUGAGUUUUUGAACUUCUUGUUGAAUGAACUCGUUGAUAUCUUGGAGAAAGAGUCACAUGCAGCAAAAAGUUUAGCGGCAAGUUCUCCUGAAAAAGUCUCAAAUGGAACAUGUAAUGGUCAUGCGAAUGGCGUUAAGAAGGAGCCACUUGUUACCUGGGUGCACAAAAAUUUUCAGGGUAUAUUAACCAAUGAAACAAGAUGUUUGAGGUGUGAGACAGUCACAGCUAGGGAUGAGACAUUUUUUGAUUUGAGCCUUGAUAUUGAACAAAACAGUUCAAUUACAAGCUGCCUAAAAAAUUUCAGUUCUACAGAGACCCUCAAUGCAGAGGACAAAUUUUUCUGUGACAAGUGUUGUAGCUUGCAAGAAGCACAAAAACGGAUGAAGAUAAAGAAACCUCCACACAUCCUGGUCAUUCAUUUGAAGCGCUUCAAGUAUAUGGAACAACUAGGUCGUUACAAAAAAUUGUCUUACCGCGUUGUGUUUCCUCUGGAGCUAAAACUCAGCAACACCACUGAAAACACAGAUUCUGAGUAUUCUCUAUUUGCUGUUGUGGUUCAUGUCGGAAGUGGGCCAAACCAUGGGCAUUAUGUUAGUCUUGUGAAAAGCCACAACCACUGGUUGUUCUUUGAUGAUGAGAACGCGGAGAUCAUUGAUGAGUCUGCUGUUCAGACCUUUUUUGGCUCAGCUCAAGAGUACUCCAGCAAUACAGAUCAUGGCUAUAUCCUCUUUUAUGAGAGCCUUGCAGCAAGCAAGAGCUGAAAAUAGUACUCACAUGUUGAGACCUAACUAUUGCGUAUGUGUCUGCUCAACUUUUGUCGUGUUUAGCUUUCAUGGUUCAUUGGACCGGCUUAACGAAUGUUUACGAGUUCAGUGUUCAACACACAAGGGGUUGCAAGUGUUUUGACUUGUUUUAACAAUAAAGAGAUGUAAAUCUUGGUAUAGAAACUUUAAUGAGAUGUUGAUACUGUAUUAUUAGCUAUGUAACUGCAUCAACUUCCAGUGAACUCCAUUGGCAGAACCCGGAAAGCAGGAAUAAGUCAAGUUUCUCCUUUGUGUAAUUUCAAUCUGAAAAACACUGCUCCAGUGUUGUUUUAUUUUGAGGUGCUGAGAUGCACAUUCAUGGAGUAUGACUAAUACUUAAUUAUUCCUUUUCUUUCUUACAACAAUGCCUGUAUAGAGUUAAUCUAACACACUUCUCUUCUACUCUAAUUAUCGAUUCUUUCUUCUCGUA